AGUAUACAAAUAUCUUGACGGAUGUUCGCGUAUGUUUGUUGUCAUGCAGGUGAUGAGAACAGCCGUCAGGUAGCCAUGCGUAUCCUGUAUCACAUCAGCAUCGACGACCGCUUUAAGGGAAUGUUUGUUUACACUGACUGCAUACCUCAGCUAAUGCAAAUGCUGUAUGAGCACGGUGAGGAGGAAACCGAAGCUGAGCUCCUCUCCAUCUGCAUCAACCUGGCUGCUAACAAGAGGAACGCACAACUGAUGUGUGAAGGAAAUGGGUUGAAGAUGCUUAUGAAGAGAGCUCUGAAGAUGAAAGACUGCCUUCUGAUGAAGAUGAUCAGAAACAUCUCACAACAUGACGGACUGACCAAACCAGUUUUCAUAGACUAUGUUGGUGACCUGGCAGCAGAGAUCCGUGCAGAGGAAGAGGAGGAGUGGGUUCUGGAGUGUCUGGGGACGCUGGCCAACCUCACCAUCCCUGACCUGGACUGGGAGUUGGUGCUGAAGGAGUACAACCUGGUACCCUACCUCAAAGACAGACUUAAACCAGGCUCAGCAGAGGAUGACCUCAUCCUGGAAGUGGUGAUAAUGAUCGGAACAGUUUCCAUGGAUGACGCCUGUGCCGCCAUGUUGGCUAAAUCUGGCAUUAUUCCUGCUCUUAUCGAGCUACUGAAUGCCCAACAGGAGGAUGAUGAGUUUGUGUGUCAGAUUGUCUACGUCUUCUAUCAGAUGGUGUUUCACCAAGCUACACGUGACGUCAUCAUCAAAGACACCCAAGCUCCAGCCUACCUGAUCGACCUGAUGCAUGACAAGAAUGCUGAGAUCAGAAAAGUGUGUGACAACACCCUGGAUAUUAUUGCUGAGUACGAUGAGGAGUGGGGCAGGAAAAUUCAGUCGGAGAAGUUCCGUUUCCAUAACAACCAGUGGUUGGAGAUGGUCGAGAGUCGCCAAGCUGAUGAGUCUGAACCUUAUCUGUAUGACAACGACAACGACAGGACUGACCUGUUCUAUAGCGCAGAUGGAAUAACUCCAGCAGAAGGUUCAGUCAGCCCAGAUUUCUUCAAUGACCUACAGCCUCAAAAUGGAGACUUGCACCAUACAGGAGAUGGCAGCGAUGUCUUCGACCAGACCAGCUCAUCACCUGGACGCCCAGCUACUGCCUACGGCUUCAGACCUGACGAACAACCUUUCUAUCAGUACUCAUAGACACACACAGGACGUCCUGUCGUUCCCCAUCCACCUCCUGCAUGUCCACUCUUACAUUUUUGGAUAAAAUGUUCACUGCUAGAAUCCCUCAUGACUGAAGGCAUCACGUUAGUAUAUUUACUAAGACAUUGCUCAUAGUGCAGAUUUUAAACUAGUUAUUAUAAACUGCAGUUCCAUGCAGUCACAUUUCAUUACACAUUUAAUUAAUUCACCACUAUUUUAAGCAUAUAAGUAGCUAAGUCUUCCUAAGCUAAGUACGGUGCCUAAUUUCCCCAGAGGAUUACAUUUCAGCCUGUUUCUCGGCGGCUGGCUGCAGCAAUUUCAAAAAUAGUUGUCCCCAUUAGAGAAUAGGGUCCAGAUUGAAAAUAUCAAAGUUUCCCUUUAACAUUUCUAAUAUAUGUUGAUAAGAUUUUGCAUGUUUUCUUAUGUAAUAAUGAAUAAUUUGUUGCCUCUUCAAAUCCACUGAAAAAACAUUUCAAGUCAAAUGUUACUUUCCAAUGUUUGACUCAUCACUAUGUCCACAUGCUAGCCUCCAGUAUGAGAGUUACACAGUCAUUUUAUUAACAUGCACUACAAUGUACAUAGCUUUCUUUUGUCCAUGUCUCUGUAGAAUGAGCACAUUGUUAUGAGUGAUCCUCAUAACUUAGGGUGCUUUCACACUAGCAGACGUGUCUUCAUCCCCGACUGUUGCUUCUUUGCAGCCCACACAGGUGGCUGCGCUCUACUCGCUCAUGGUUACAUCUCUCUGUCAUUAUUCUCCAUUUUGCGCCUGCAUGUCAAAACAGACACAAAACUUUUUUUGCAGGCAACAGUGGUCAGCAGCUGCUGAUGAGUAAAGCAUUAGCACAGACUGGAAAAACUAUCUGAGCCGCAGGCUUAGGACAGAGGAGGGCGGGCAGAUUCAAGUUCAAAAUUCAAAAACGCAAACCCAGUGUGAAAGCGUCCUAAGAAAUGUCGGCUCGAAGUUGAAGCUUAAAACGCUGCAGUCAGGUGCCAGCAUGUGGCGCUGGCCACCACUCAGUGUGCUGUAUAUGUUACUGAUGUCAGACCAUAACAGUAUUACAUUUAUUCAGUGAUGAGAAAAAUAGAAACCCUGUCACUGCAGAAGAAGUGGAUAUAGUGUGUCACUACAUAAUACAAUGAUGUUAUUGACCUGCCGCAAUACACCUCUUACACUAUUUCAGUCCCCUUAUACCAGCUGAACCUGGAUGCAGGGGGGCCUCCACUCACAGUUUUAUGGAUCUUAUGUCUGUUGUUUUUGUUGUUGUCCUGUAUUUUAGUGCCUUGAGAUUGCUUUUAGCUUUGAAAGGCGCUUUAUAAAUACAAUUUAUUAUUAUUA